AUGUACAGCCAGAGAUUUGGCACCGUACAGCGGGAAGUUAAGGGCCCCACUCCCAACGUGGUGAUCGUGAGAGCCAAGCCUCCCAAAGAGCAAAAGGUUGAGCAACAUCUAGAAAGAAUCCGACGCAGUCAUCAGAAGUAUCAUGCUAUUUUGGCCUCUAUUAAGUCUAAUGAGCGGGACCGCUUGAAAGUUGAGUGGAACCAGCACAAUGACCGCAAGUUUUUGGAAAACCUUGUGCAAGCAAGAAUCAAGGAUGCUGUGCAAGGGUUUAUUGUUAAUGUUGAAGAAAGACGAAAUAAGCUACGUGAACUUUUAGCAUCAGAAGAAAAUGUGUAUUUUACUGAAAUGCAAUUGAAAGAAGAAACCAUUGAGGAGAAAAAAGAUAGAAUGAAAGAGAAAACUAGAGUAUUAAAAGAGAAGAAAGAAAAAGAGAGACUGGAUUUUGUGGCUGAAAAGCUAGACCAGCAAUUCAGGGAGGGCUGUGAGGAGCUCCGUGCUGAAUUGUGUUGUCUCCAUCAGAAGAAAGUGUGUGAGGAACGGAAAGCACAGAUAGCAUUUAAUGAGGAGCUGAAGAGGCAAAAGCUGUUGGAAAAGGAGAUGUUUGCAAGGCUUUGGGAGGAAGACCGGUUAGCCAAGGAAAAGCGAGAAGCACAAGAGAUGAGGAGACAGAAAGAGCUGGUGGAGAACACGCGCCUGGGGCUGAACGCCCAGAUCACCAGCAUGCAGGCCCAGCGGCAGGCCGCACAGCUGCUGAAGGAAGAGGAGGCGCGCCAUGUGGAAAGUGACAUCGCACUGGUUAAACUUGAGGAUGAACAGGAUAAGCUAAAGAAACAGAAAACCAAACAGGAAAUUAGGACUCUUUUGCAAAACUCCCUACAAGAGAAGAUAAAGCAGACUCAGCAGGAAUACAGAGAAGAACAGGACUUGAACAUGAAGCUUGUGCAAAGGGCCCUUCAGGACUUACAGGAAGAGGCAGAUAAAAAGAAGCAAAAAAGAGUAAGACAUUUAUUUCUGCAACGCAAAGCUAAAGAACAGGAAGAACUCGCUAUGGAAAAGGAACGCAUAAAUGAAGGCCUUAAAGAGCUUAACUGUGAAGAGAAAGAGAACUUUGCAAGACGCCAAGCUUUAGCCCAGGAGUACCGGAAGCAACUUCAGGAGCAAAUAGCCUACCGGGAGAAGGCCCGAGAGGCAGAGGAGGCAGAGAAACGCCGAGAGUAUGAAGCAGGUGUAGAAGCAAACAAGGUUUGCCUGAACAAGAUCCAGGAGAUCCUGUCCGCUCAAGUGCUGCCCCAGUACGUCCAUCCCAUGCGGAAAGCGUGCCCUAGCAAGCUCCCACCAUAG